AUGUCGGCGUACGAGGAGAAUCUACAGGCGCGUAGGGAGAAACUACGCGAUCUCGUAUCGAGCGAGGAGGCGAAUCUAACGAGGGAGAUCGUGGAGGUAGCGCGGCGGGAUGAGUAUGCUCGCUUCGAGGAGAAGCUUGCGAGAACAGAGGAACUGAGGAAACAGUACGAGGAGGAGCACGAGGCGAUGGUAGCCGCCAAAGAAAUGCAACGACAUUUAGCCUCGUGCCCGGAUAUCAAGCAAGAAUUGUCGAGGAGAUCCGCGAUUGACGCGAAGCAGUGUAACGUGGCGCAGAUGGCGAACAACGAGGCGAGGCGAUUGGCAGAGAAAAAACUGGACGUCGUCUGGCACGAGCUAAUGCUGAGGGAUACCGAGGCGCAGAGACACAAGGAGACGGAGGAGUCGGAAAGACGAACCUUAGCCGAGCGAGAAACGGUGUCCACUUUAGCCAGGCAAGUGGCGGACAAGUUGGCGCUGGAAGACGAGAAGAAGCGGGCCGAGAGGGACGAGCAGGAGCAUCUGGAGCGGUUAUGCGAGGAUAUGCGUCGAGCGGAGUUAAGGGAUCUCGAGACGGGAAGGCAAAAGCGGGAAAAGUUGAAGGGGGAACUCGAGGAGCAGAUCCUAACGGCGAACAAGUUCAUCGCCGAACGUGCCCGUGAGGAAGCUAUGGCGGAUCGCGCAUUCGGGAUGCUGGCCGAAGAGGAGCUGGCCAGGGAGAGAGCUCGCGCGAAACAGGACACCGUGGCCCUUCGCGCGGAGUUAGACUCCUAUCUAAAGUAUUUGGAAAACUUGCGGCAGGAGGAGGCCAAACGGAAUCUCGAGGUGGAAGUCAUCGUUCGGCAGUCGCACGAGGCUAUCGAGGCAAAGCGUCAACUCGCGCUCAAGAAAUUCACGGCAGCUCGCCGGCGCGGCGCGCAGGAAGUCCUUCGCGGUCGGGAGGAGCAGCUGAAGACGCGGCAGGAGGCAGAGAUGCGGGAACAACGGCUGAAGAUGGAGGAGCGGGAGGCGCUCGAGAGGCAGAUUGAGAUGGACGCCGACUUGGCCGCGACGGAGCAGAAAGAGAACAGACAAAAGGCGCUUCGUUACGGACUGGAGCUCAAGGAGCAGCGGAGAUGCGUCGAAGAGACGAGACGCCGCGAAUUGGAGGAGGAACGACGGCUCCACCGGGCCGAGAUGAAGAGGCGAGCGGAGGAAUAUCAGAGGCUCGCGGACAAGCUGUUGGACGCUUCCGAGAGCAUUACGCCGCAUCCGUUUAAAGCCCUGCUAAAGGAGCGCCUGAAGGAGUCCCCCUCCUGAGGGAGAAGGAAGGACGUUGUUACUGUCCUCCAACUUCAACUUCCGCGUUACUGACAUGUUAGAGGAGAUGCUGAUAAGUUACCAGGUG